CCGUUUGAUGACAGUGACGUCAUUAACAAACUUAGUCUUAAGAAGAUGGGGGCAUCGCGGAGGGAGCGGUCGUCUAAGUACAAGAACUGGUUGCUAGGAGUGUUACAAAGUAAAAAAUGUCAUCGGAUUCUUGACCUAGCUUGUGGUAAAGGUGUGGACUCGGUAUUCCUGCUCGAGCAGGGAAUGGAAGUCGUUAGCUGUGAUGAUGCUGAAGCGAUGCUCGUCUACGCUAGAUCAGAGAAAACACGUCUUGGACUUAAAGACUGGGUUGUAAAGCGAGCCAACUGGCUGACGUUAAGUGAGGACUUACCAGAUCAAGAGCCAUUCGACGCCGUGCUCUGCUUGGGAAGUUCGAUUUUACACCUAGUGGAUUUGCCCCCACAGCUUGGCCUCUAUCGAAAGUGUUUGACAAACUUUAGGAAGUUCUUGAAACCAGGUGGAUUAUUACUGAUCGACCACAGGAACUUGGAUUCGAUGCUCGAUCAUGGCAUUGCUGUGAAUAAGAACAUUUAUCAUAAGGUAGACACUGUUUCGGAUGUCUCGAUGGAAGUGAUAGAAAAAGACGGCGUUCGUCAGCGAGUAGACAUCAUUUACCACUUGGUGGUAAAGAGUGAUGAAACGGGUAAUACAAAUUUAGAAAAGGUAUUGAUUCCGAUAGCUCCCGUCCACGUUCACGAGUUCACUGCACUACUCAAAGAGAUGUUUGGAUCAAAUUGCAAUUACUCCCUCUAUGGUGAUCUUGAACUACAGGAGCAUGUUGACACAGAAGAUACGGCCUAUUUUCAACAUGUUGUGCACGAAUAGAUUAAAGUCUACUUUACGAUAACAGUGAGAGGGCUCUGUCACUAUCAUGUGUGUUAAAGGGAUCCGGUAACUUUGUCUCAGAUUCUGAAACACAAUCCUCGAUUUAACUCAUGCUUCAAUGAUAAUUAUAAACCUUUAGGUCAGUCAGAAACCCCGUGA